AUGGGUUCCUCUGAAACUCGCCGUAUUCUGGAGAAGGAGGGGAUCGGCGAGUUUGAUAGUCAAUCCAUUUCUCCCGUGUUCGAGGAGGAGAGGCCGAGGGAGAAAGCGCGGCUGAAAGACCAAGUGUCGCAACUGAAACACCAGAUCCAGGAUCUGGAAGAAUCACUGAGGGAGAAAUCCCAGAGGGACGAUAGAGGGCAGAGGUCAGAGAAAUCAGACAGAGCAGAGAAGUCGUAUCGGUCAGAGAGAUCCCAUCGUUCAGAGAAAUCACGUUACAUAGAAAGGUCAGAAGGACGGGAGCUGGAGUACUCCUCUGGCAGACCAGUGCAUAAGGGUCACAAGCGCCACCAUGCUCACGACUCCCCGAAGGAAAGGCGGGAACAUGGGAGGUACAAGGAGGAUAAAAGGGCCAAGCCAUCAAGGUUCCACCCCAUCAAUAACCGCAGUCCGUUCUCCGACGACAUUCUGGCGGAUACUUUGCCCAGAAGCUACAAACCUAUUUCGCUGGACUAUGAUGGUACCACUGAUCCAGAGAUACACCUCAACCGAUUCGAGGGACUGGUUACUCUACACAUGUAUACAGAGGGCAUCAAAUGCCGCAUAUUCUCCACCACGUUGACCGGCCCCGCUCAGCUGUGGUUUGGGACGCUUGCCCCAAAUUCCAUCCAUUUGUUUGAGGACUUACGAGUGCAUUUUCUGAGACAGUUCGCGAGCUCGCGAAGGGUUGGGAAAUCAGCCAUCUCGCUGAUGGACAUUAAACAAGAUCAGAAUGAAACUUUGCGGGAAUAUACUGCCAGGUUCAAUCUCGCUGCUCUGGAAGUGCCAGAGGCGGAAUCCCAAAUCAAGAAUUGUGCCUAUGUCAGAGGGCUAAAGCCAGGGCUCUUCUUUGAUGAGCUGCAAAUCAGACCGGCUAGGGACUUCGACGAUAUCAUGUCUAGACUACCGGGAUACUUACAGUUGGAAGAUGCCAGGAUGGCAAGGAAAGCUGAAAACGACAAACACAAGGCUAAAAAAGUCGAGGAAACACCAGAGAGGCAGCAACACCAGGAUAGGGCCCCUUUCAGAGGAUUACCCCCGAGAGUACCUCCCACCCAGGCAGAGGGACCACACCGCCAACAACGCACUGUGAAUGAAGUUACUCGUUUCGACGAGUACACCCCUUUGAACAAGACAUCGGAGGAGAUCUUCCAUCUGAUCAAGAAUCAACCAUUUUUCAAGGCGUCUGGGACUUACCGAGAUGGGCAGCCCCAACAGGGACCUAACAACAAACUAUGCGAGUAUCACAAUGCCUAUGGGCAUUUUACCAAACAUUUGGGGCAUCUGAAGCAUCAGUUGGAGCUUUUGGUGCGGACAGGUAACCUGGAUCAAUUUAUAGUCCGAAGGAACGAAACCCAGGCACAGAGGCCAGAACAGAGGCAUGUUACUUAG